AUGAUCUCGAGACGCGACAAAUUGCUGCAGCAGCCCUGGGAGCAGCUGCGCUAUGCACAGCAUCGCGAGAAAGUGAUGUCCGCACGUCCAGCGAUUGAUACCAAGUCACCGCGCCAGCACGAUCAUGUGCAGCGCAAGUGGAAGAAGCAGCAGAACGAACGGGAGCGCCAGCAGCAAAUCGAACGUGAAAAUCUACGUCUACUGCAGAAGUUGGGCGACAUCAUGAGCAGCAAGCGCAUGAAUAACCUGUGGCUGCAACCGAGACCCAAUUUUCUCAACCGGGAGAAGCUGUUUCCGACACGCCCUUACUCCAGCUUGCCACAGAUUGUCACCAUUUACGGCGUGCAACCACCUGGUCCCGUGCUCUAUGGCAUGCUGCCUAAGCCGUCCGUUGUAAGCCGCUGUCCCACGUGCAGCGGCAAUCCGGAGCGCACUCAGGUGGCCAUACCGGAGCAACGGCUGCCUUGGGCGAUGCCGCGCGAAUCCUCGAGCCGCAAGCAACAGAAGCAGCAACAGCGCUGCUAUCACUGCGGAGGCGUCAAGAGCAUGGAGCGUAAACUCUUCGGGGAUUACUCUUUUGACUAUGAAUAA